UCCGGGCAGACCAGCGGCGCCGCGGCCAAUCAGAAAAAAGAAGGGGCCGCGCGCGGCGGGCGAGGGGCGCGUCCACUUUCGGUUUGCGCGGGGGGCGCGGGGCACGUGGCGGGACCCCCCCCCUCCCCCCCCCCUCCGGGGACCCCCGAGCAGGACGGGACCAGCAGGACUCAGCUGCCAUGGCUGACGAGCGGCUGGGGACCAGAGCCACCAGGAAGGGCACUUCGUCCCCUGGCAGUGCCCGGGGCGGUGCCACCGAGUCCAGCACGCUGCUCCAGGAGCUCCGGGGCAACAUCUCCAAAUCCGUGCAGAGCAAGGUGGACUCCAUCCUGCAGGACGUGCAGAAGUUCUCGGACAGCGACAAACUCUACCUGUACCUGCAGCUGCCCUCGGGGCCCAGCCUGGGCGAGAAGAGCAGCGGCUCCUCGCUGGAGCUGAGCGCGCUGGGCACGGCCGAGCACAUGCACGCCUGCAGCUGGAUCCGCAACCACCUGGAGGAGCACACGGACACCUGCCUGCCCAAGCAGGACGUCUACGACGCCUACAAGCGCUACUGCGACAACCUCGGCUGCCGCCCGCUGAGCACGGCCAACUUCGGCAAGAUCAUCCGGGAAAUCUUCCCAAACAUCAAAGCCCGGCGCCUGGGAGGCCGCGGACAAUCCAAGUACUGCUACGGUGGGAUCCGGAGGAAGACCGUGGUCAGCCUUCCUCCCCUGCCCAGCCUGGACCUCAAAGUGACCGAGACGGCGGAGCUGGCCGAGCUGGCGCAGUCCUACAGCAGCGAGGUGACGGAGGCCGCGUGUGCCCUGACGUGCGACUGGGCCGAGAAGAUCCUGCGGCGCUCCUUCAACAACAUCGUGGAGGUGGCGCAGUUCCUGCUGCAGCAGCACAUCAUCAGCCCCCGCUCGGCCCACGCCGACCUGCUCAUGGCCAUGGUGGUGCAAGAAAACACGGACAAGCCCCCGCAGGACCCUCGGCCACCCGCAGCCCCCAAGAAGAACGGCGUGGACCCCUCGGACAGCGGCCAGGAGCAGGCCAAGAAGGACGCCGUGCCCAAAGGCCACGUCCAGCCGCGGCCGGAGAAGAAGAAGCCCCCGGAGCCCCCGCGGCCGGCCAGCAGCCCGCAGGUGAACGCCCUGGUGGCCCGGCUGCCGCUGCUGCUGCCCCGCAUGCCGCCCUCGGAGCGACCCCCGGGCCCCGGCGCCGCCCCGGCGCGCCCGGCGCCGCCGGUGCUGGUGCCCCGGCUGACGGCGGCGCCGCUGGGCGGCACGGUGAAGGUGGCGCUGCCGCUGCCCGUGGGCACGGCGCUGAGCCCGCCCGCCGCCAUCCCCGUGCUCAACGUGCUGCUGCCCGGCGUGGGGGUCCCCGCGGCCGAGACCCCCGGCGGCAGCGCCCGGGCCGGGGGCGAUGGCGAGGGCCAGCGCGGCAGGGCCACCAAGCGGCCCCCGGAGGGAGGAGGGGACGGCGCCGCGCACAAGAGGAGGCGCGGGAGGCCCCGCAAGCGGCCGGAGGACGCGGCCAUGUCACCCGAGGACGCGGAGGUCCCCAAGGGCGAUGAGGGCGGGGAUUCGCCCCCAGGGGGGUCACCCGGGGGUGGCAGUGCCACCGUGCCCGCUGGGGACAGGGGGGCCGCUGGCGAUGCUGCUGAGGGUGGUGGGGACAGCAUGGAGGUUGACAGUGACACGGUGGCUGGUGGGGACAGCCCGGUCAGUGGCAGUGCCACUGUCCCCCUUAGUAUCACUGUCACCCUUAGUGCCACUGUCCCCCUUAGCUCAGUCAACGGCAGUGCCACUGUCCCUGUUAGUGACAGCUCAGUCAAUGGCAGUGCCACUGUCCCUCUUGGGGACAGCUCGGUCAGUGGCAGUGCCACUGUUCUCGUUAGUGACAGCUCAGUCAAUGGCAGUGCCACUGUCCCCCUUGGGGACAGCCCAGCUGAGGGAAGUGCCACCAUCCCCCUUAAUGACAGCUCGGUCAGUGGCAGUGCCACUGUUCUCGUUAGUGACAGCUCGGUCAAUGGCAGUGCCACUGUCCCCCUUGGGGACAGCCCAGCUGAGGGAAGUGCCACCAUCCCCCUUAAUGACAGCUCGGUCAGUGGCAGUGCCACUGUCCUCGUUAGUGACAGCUCGGUCAAUGGCAGUGCCACUGUCCCUCUUGGGGACAGCUCGGUCAGUGGCAGUGCCAGCGUCCCCCUUGGGGACAGCUCGGUCAAUGGCAGUGCCACUGUCCCUGUUAGUGACAGCCCAGUCAAUGACAGUGCCAGCAUCUCCCUUGGGGACAGCUCAAUCACUGGCAGUGCCACUGUCCUCAUUAGUGACAGCCUGGUCAAUGGCAGUGGCACUGUCCCCCUUGGGGACAGCUCGGUCAAUGGCAGUGCCACUGUCCCUGUUAGUGACAGCCCAGUCAAUGAAAGUGCCAGCAUCUCCCUUGGGGACAGCUCAAUCACUGGCAGUGCCACUGUCCCCCCUGGGGACAGCCCAGCUGAGGGAAGUGCCACCAUCCCCCAUAGUGACAGCUCAGUCAAUGGCAGUGCCACCGUCCCCCUUGGGGACAGCCCAGUCAGUGGCAGCAUCCCUGCUGAUGGCUCUGCUGGUGGUGGCAGUGCCACUGUCCCUGUUAGUGACAGCCCAGUCAGUGGCAUUGCCACCACCCCCCUUGGGGACAGCCCAGCUCGGGACAGUGCCACUGUCCCCGUUAGUGACAGCUCAGUCAGUGGCAGUGUCACUGUUUCCCCUGGGGACAGCUCGGUCAGUGGCAGUGCCAGCUUCCCCAGUUGUGGCUCUCCUGGUGGUGGCAGUGCCACUGUCUCUGUCAGGGACAGCUCACCCAUGGUCAGUGACACUGAGGACAGGCCUGUCACUGGCAGUGCCACCACUGGGGACAGACCUGUCACUGGUAGUGCCACCACUGGGGACAGGCCUGUCACUGGUAGUGCCACCACUGGGGACAGGCCUGUCACUGCUAGUGCCCCCACUGGGGACAGACCUGUCACUGGUAGUGCCACCACUGAGGACAGACCUGUCACUGGCAGUGCCACCACUGAGGACAGACCUGUCACUGCUAGUGCCCCCACUGGGGACAGACCUGUCACUGGUAGUGCCACCACUGAGGACAGGCCUGUCACUGCUAGUGCCACCACUGGGGACAGACCAGUUGCUGGCAGUGCCACCACUGAGGACAGACCAGUCACUGGCAGUGCCACCACUGGGGACAGACCAGUCACUGGCAGUGCCACCACUGGGGACAGACCAGCCGCGGGCAGUGCCACUGUCCCUGUCAGGGACGGGCAGGACACUGGCAAUGACACCAGCCCUGUCAGGGACAGCCCACCCACGGUCAGUGACACUGGGGACAGGCUGGUCACUGGCACUGCCACCACUGGGGACAGAGCAAUCGCUGGCAGUGCCACCACUGAGGACAGGCUGGUCACUGGCACUGCCACCACUGGGGACAGAGCAAUCGCUGGCAGUGCCACCGUCCCUGUCAGGGACAGCCCCUCCAGGGACAGUGCCACCUCUGGGGACAGGCCGGUCACCAGGAGUGCCACCAUUCCCAUCAGGGACAGCCCAGCUGGUGGCAGUGCCACCAUCCCUGUCAGGGACAAGCCAGCCCCUGGCAGUGCCACUGUCCCCAGUAAGGACUGCCCCUCCAGGGCCAGUGUCACGGGGGACAGGUCGGGUGCUAGAAGUGCCACUGUCCCCACCGCUGGUGGCAGUGCCACCAUUCCCAUCAAGGACAGCCCAUCCAGGAUCAGUGCCACCACUCAGGACAGGCCAGUCAGAGGCAGUGCCACCAUUAGGGACAGCCCGGCUGGUGGCAGUGCCACUGUCCCCAUCAGGGACAGCACAACUGGUGGCAGUGCCACCGUCCCUGUCAAGGACAGUGCAUCCCGGGGCAGUGGCACUGCUGGGGACAGGCCGGUCACCAGGAGUGCCACUGUCCCUGUCAGGGACGGCCCAGCUGGUGGCAGUGCCACUGCACCAGUCAAGGACAAGCCAGUCCCUGGCAGUGCCACCAUCCCUGUCAAGGACAGCUCGCCCAGGGCUGGUGGCACUGCUGGGGACAGGCCGGUCACCAGGAGUGCCACCAUUCCCACCAGGGACAGCCCAGCUGGUGGCAGUGCCACUGCACCAGUCAAGGACAAGCCAGCCCCUGGCAGUGCCACCAUCCCUGUCAAGGAUGGCCCUUCCUGGGGCAGUGCCACCGUCCCCAGGCAGGACAGCUUGCCCAGGGCCAGUGGCACCACUGGGGACAGGCCGGUCACCAGGAGUGCCACUGGCCCUGUCAGGGACGGCCCAGCUGGUGGCAGUGCCACUGCACCAAUCAAGGACAGUCUGGCCAGGGGCAGUGCCACCACUGGGGACAGCCCAUCCUCUGGCAGUGCCACUGUCCCUGUCAAGGACAAGCCAGUCCCUGGCAGUGCCACUGUCCCUGUCAGGGACAGCUCGCCCAGGGCCAGUGCCACCUCUGGGGACAGGCCGGUCACCAGGAGUGCCACUGGCCCUGUCAGGGACAGCCCAGCCGGUGGCAGUGCCACCAUCCCUGUCAGGGACAAGCCAGCCCCUGGCAGUGCCACUGUCCCUGUCAGGGACAGCUUGUCCUGGGGCAGUGGCACUGCUGGAGACAGGCCAGUCACCAGGAGUGCCACCAUUCCUAUCAGGGACAGCCCAGCUCGUGGCAGUGCCACUGUCCCAGUCAAGGACAAGCCAGUCCCUGGCAGUGCCACCAGCCCUGUCAGGGACAGCUCACUCAGGGGCAGUGCCACCUCUGGGGACAGGCCGGUCACCAGGAGUGCCACCGGCCCUGUCAGGGACAGCCCAGCUGGUGGCAGUGCCACCAUCCCUGUCAAGGACAGCUCACCCAGGGCCAGUGGCACUGGGGACAGGCCAGUCAGUGGCAGUGCCAUUGUCCCUGUCAGGGACAGCUCAUCCCGGGGCAGUGGCACUGCUGGGGACAGGCCGGUCACCAGGAGUGCCACCGGCCCUGUCAGGGACAGCCCAGCUGGUGGCAGUGCCACCAUCCCUGUCAGGGACAAGCCAGUCCAUGGCAGUGCCACUGCCCCUGUCAAGGACAGACCAUCCUGUGGCAGUGCCACCGUCCCUGUCAGGGACAGCUCGCCCAGGGCCAGUGGCACUGCUGGGGACAGGCCGGUCACUAGGAGUGCCACCGGCCCUGUCAGGGACAGCCCGGCUGGUGGCAGUGCCACUGUCCCUGUCAAGGACAGUGCAUCCCGGGGCAGUGGCACUGCUGGGGACAGGCCGGUCACCAGGAGUGCCACCAUUCCCAUCAGGGACAGCCCAGCUGGUGGCAGUGCCACUGUCCCAGUCAAGGCCAGUCCAUCUCGGGGCAGUGCCACCACUGGGGACAGGCCAGUCAGUGGCAGUGCCACCGUCCCUGCCAGGGACAAGCCAGUCUCUAGCAGUGUCACUGUCCCUAGGAGGGACAGCUCACCCAGGGCCAGUGGCACUGGGGACAAACUGGUGACUGGCAGUGGCACCGUCCCUGUCAGGGACAGCUCCUCCAGGAGCAGUGCCACCACUGGGGACAGGCCGGGCAGGGGCAGUGGCAGUGUCCCCAUCAGGGACAGGGCACCCAGAGACAGCGGCAGUGGGGACAGGGCGGGCAGGGGCAGUGCCACCGUCCCCGUCAGGGACAGGUCACCCAGAGACAGUGGCACUGGGGACAGGCUGGGCAGGGGCAGUGCCACCACUGGUGACAGGCCGGGCAGGGGCAGUGCCACCACUGGGGACAGGCUGGGCAGGGGCAGUGCCACCGUCCCUGUCAGGGACAGGUCACCCAGAGACAGUGGCACUGGGGACAGGCUGGGCAGGGGCAGUGCCACCACUGGGGACAGGCCGGUCGCUGGCAGUGGCAGUGUCCCCAUCAGGGACAGGUCACCCAGAGGCAGUGGCACUGGGGACAGGCCGGGCAGGGGCAGUGCCACUGUCCCUGUCGAGGACAGGCUGGGCAGGGGCAGUGGCGCCAUCAGGGACAGGCCGAACAGGGGCAGUGCCACUGUCCCCAUCAGGGACAGCUCACACGGUGGCAGUGCCACUGUCCCUGUUAAGGACAGGUCAGCGACAGCCAGUGCCACCACUGGGGACAGGUCAGUCAGGGGCAGUGCCACUGUCCCUGUCAGGGACAGGUCACCCAGACACAGUGGCAGUGGGGACAGGUUGGGCAGGGGCAGUGCCACCACUGGGGACAGGCCGGGCAGGGGCAGUGCCACCGUCCCUGUCAGGGACGGCGCAGGCAGGGGCAGUGGCACCACUGGGGACAGCCUGGGCAGGGGCAGUGCCACUGUCCCUGUUAAGGAUGGCACAGCCAGGGGCAGUGCCACCACUGGGGACACACCGGGCAGUGGCAGUGCCACCACUGGGGACACACCGGGCAGUGGUAGUGCCAUUGUCCCCAUCAGAGACAGCGCAGCCAGGGGCAGUGGCACCACUGGGGACAGAUCGGGCAGGGGUAGUGCCACCAUCCCUGCCAGGGACAAACCAGUGACUGGCAGUGCCACCGUCCCUGUCGGGGACAAGACGAGCAGGGGCAGUGCCACCACUGGGGACACGCCAGGCAGGGGCAGUGCCACCGUCCCUGUCAGGGACAGCUCCUCCAGGAGCAGUGCCACCACUGGGCACAGGCUGAACAGGGGCAGUGCCACCGUCCCCAUCAGGGACAGGUCACCCACAGAGAGUGGCAGUGGGGACCGGCUGGGCAGGGGCAGUGCCACCACUGGGGACAGGCUGAGCAGGGGCAGUGGCAGUGUCCCCAUCAGGGACAGGUCACCCAGAGACAGCGGCAGUGGGGACAGGCUGGGCAGGGGCAGUGCCACCACUGGGGACAGGCCGGUCGCUGGCAGUGCCACCGUCCACAUCAGGGACAGGUCAUCCAGGGCCCCUGACACUGGGGACAGGCCGGGCAGGAGCAGUGCCACUGUCCCUGCCAGGGACAGCCCAGCUGGCACGGUCAGGGACAUGCCAGUCUCUGGCAGUGUCACUGUCCCCGUCAGGGACAGCCCAUCCAGGGGCACUGCCACUGUCCCAGCUGGGGACAGGCUGGGCAGUGGCACUGCCACUGUCGCCGUUGAGGACAGGCUGGGCACUGGCACUGCCACUCUCCCCGCUGGGGACAGGCUGGGCAGUGGCACUGCCACUGUCGCCGUUGAGGACAGGCUGGGCAGUGGCACUGCCACUGUCGCCGUUGAGGACAGGCUGGGCAGGGGCACUGCCACUGUCCCAGCUGGGGACAGGCUGGGCACUGGCACUGCCACUGUCGCCGUUGAGGACAGGCUGGGCAGUGGCACUGCCACUCUCCCCGCUGGGGACAGGCUGGGCAGUGGCACUGCCACUCUCCCCGCUGGGGACAGGCUGGGCACUGGCACUGCCACUGUCGCCGUUGAGGACAGGCCGGUCAGAGUUGGUGGCACGGCUGGGGACAGGCUGGUCACUGACAGUGGCACCGCUCCUGGCAGGGACUGCCCCUCCAGGGACAGUGGCACUCCUGGGGACACGCUGCUCUCUGGCAGUGCCACCGUCCCCGUCAGGGACAGCCUAUCCAGGGGCACUGCCACCAUCGUGGACACGCCCGUCACCGGCAGUGCCACCAUGCCUGUCAGCAACAGCCCCUUCUGGGCCAGUGGCACCGCUGGGGACAGCGCGGUGGCUGGCAGUGCCACCGUGCCCAUCAGGGACUGCCCGUCCCGGGGCACUGCCGCCGUCGUGGACGCGCUGGUCACUCUCAGUGGCACUGUGAUGGACAGGAGGAUCCUGGGCAGUGUCACCGUCCCCGUCAGGGCCAGCCUGUCCAGGGGCACCGUCACCAUCGUGGACACACCCGUCUUUGUCAGUGCCACCGUCCUCGUUGGGGACUCCAUCCCCAGGGUCACUGCCACCAUCGUGGAAUCGAGGGUGCCCGGCCAUGCCACCCUCCCCCUCGGGGACACGCUGGCCUGUGGCAGUGCCACCCUCCCUGUCAGGGACUGCCCGUCCGGGGACAGUGCCACCCCCGCUGCUGGGGCCGGGUCAGUGGGUGGCAGUGCCACCAUCCCUGUCAGGGACUGCCCGUCCGGGGGCAGUGCCACCCCCGCUGCUGGGGCCGGGUCAGUGGGUGGCAGUGCCACCAUCCCUGUCAGGGACUGCCCGUCCGGGGGCAGUGCCACCCUUGGGGACAGGCACGUCACUGGCAGUCCCCCCAUCACGGACACGCCAGUCAGUGGCAGUGCCACCAUCCCUGUCAGGGACUGCCCGUCCAGGGACAGCAGCACGCCUGGGGACAGGCCUGGCAGUGCCACCGCGCCCUCCAGGCCCGUCACUCCCGUCCGCGUCAGUGUCAUCAGGGACGGCAGGACGGGCACCAGGCUGGCACCGGAGGCCCUGGCACAGCGGGGUCACAGCCAGGCCGGGUCCCCCCGGGGGGACACGCAGGGACAGCCCUGCUCCGGGCACCGCGAGGGACACACGAGGGCGGGGAUGGGGUCCCCUGUGUCACACCAGUAAAAACCA